UAGGUUGGAGCAGGUGGAGAGGGGCUGCUAAGCCCCGUCAGUGGACUCGAGAGAUAAGCGGUACAUCCACUUCUCCUGCUCGGCUCCGUCGCCGAGGUACCCCCCCACUAUCUUGAUACUGCAUUUGUUCAGAUACCUGAUACCGAUACCGCAUGAGUCAAGCUGUAUAUAUCACCUACUCUCCCUCCUCUGUCUCUGUUCUGUUCUGCAUCUGCUGCUUCAGCACUUUUUCGCAAUGUCGACCUACGACGAGAAAAAGCAAUCCCGCGUCUACGUGACGUCAAACGUCGUGGAGGACGACGACGACCUCGAGUUCUCCUCCUCCGCCUCCAACGACGCCAACGUCUUCCACGAAAAACUAGCCGCAAAUGUCCGCGCGACCUCGCUCGACUUUGACAUCCGCUCGCUGGACGCGCAGCACCGCGACAAAGUGGUCGCGCGGCUCAAGGCGAUGAACGGCACGGGCGAUACCGGCGACGAGGAUCCGUUUGCCGAUCGCGCGUCGCAUUAUCUGUAUGAUCGGAUGCUGGAGACGUCGCUUGAGCGCGCGCUCGAGAUCUUGAGGGAGGCGGUGGAGUAUCACUACGGCGACGUGAAUUUCGAGGAUUCGACGUACGAGAAGAUCAAGCUGUUGGUCGAAGGACCCGAGGCGUACGGGACAGACUACGAGACGUACGAGCUCGACGCGAGAUUGGAGGCGACUGUCAUCCACUUCCACUCUCCCUACCCCGAGGUCCGCGCGGUCACGGACCCGUUCGACGAUCCUACCAUCCCUGUCGAGACGAUUCGCGCGUACGUGAUUGGCGCGGCGUGGGUCGGCGUGGGUGCGUUCAUCAACGAGUUUUUCACGUUUCGCCAGCCCGCGCUGAGUCUGAAAUCGACCGUCAUCCAACUGCUGCUGUUCCCGACCGGCAAGGCCGCGCAGCUGCUCCCGGACUGGGGGUUUGUCUUCCGCGGGACGCGGUACUCACUCAACCCCGGACCGUGGAAUAUCAAGGAGCAGAUGCUGGCGACGAUCAUGGUGAACGUGGGAUCGCAGGCGUCGAACUGGAUGAGCAUGGUGGUCGCGCUCCGGCACCCGAUUUUUUUCAACUACAAGUGGGUUGGCUUUGGGUUUGCGUGGACGAUGAAUUUCUCGUGCUUGUUCUUUGGCUACGGGCUCGCGGGUUUGAUGCGCAAGCUCGUGAUUUUCCCCGUCAAGGCGGUGUUUCCGAACGUGCUGCCGACGCUCGCGCUCAGUCGCGCGCUGGUGGUCAAGGAAACAAAGACCUCUGUCCACGGCUGGACGAUCUCGCGGCAAAAGUUUUUCUACAUCACCUUUGUCGCGUCGUUUUUCUACUUUUUCGUGCCGAGUUUCUUGUUCAAGGCGCUCAGUGUGUUUAACUGGAUGACGUGGAUCGCGCCGCAAAACAAGCUGCUGGCGAUGGCGACGGGGUCGUAUCUCGGGCUGGGCGUGAAUCCGGUGCCGACGUUUGAUUGGUCGGUGAUCAACUACGGCACGCCGCUUGUGUACCCGUUCUUUGCGUUCAUCAACAAGUUCAUUGGGGUGGUGCUGACGGGACUGGUGAUGGUGGUGCUGUACUGGCGGAAUCACCGGUGGACGGCGUACAUGCCGAUGAACGUCAAUUCUGUUUAUGAUUCGUUUGGGAACGAGUACAAUCUGUCGCGGAUCAUGGACUCGAACAAUAAGUUUGACGAGAGCCUGUACCGGAGCUAUUCGGCGCCGUACAUGUCUGCGGGCAAUGUGGUGGGUACGGGCGGGCUGUGGGCGGUGUACACGUGCACGUUUGUGUAUGUGGUGAUUUCAGAGUACAAGCUGCUGUGGGAGACGCUGCAGAUGAUGUGGACCUCGAUCCGGCACCCGCGGCGGAACGCGCUCGACGAUUUCAAGGACCCGCACUCGACGCUGAUGUCUGCGUACGCGGAGGUGCCGGACUGGUGGUACAUUGCGAUCUUUGUUGUUGGAGUAGGGACCGGGUUUGCGGCGAUCUUUGCGUGGCCGACGACGGUCCCGAUCUGGACUGUGAUUGCGGUGUUUCUGUUCAACAUUGGGAUGCUGAUGCCGACGCUGGUGGUGCUGUCGCGCACGGGCGCGUCGAUGGGGUUUGGUGCGUUCUCGGUCAUUUUGGCGGGAUACAUGGAUCCGGGGAACGCGGUGACGAACUGUGUUGUGCGGAUGUGGGGAUACAAUAUCGACGACCAGGCCGAGAGUUUUAUCGGGGACCAGAAGAUUGCGCAUUACGCGCGGAUUCCGCAGCGGGCGACGUUCCGCGCGCAGUGUCUGGCGACGCUGAUUCAGUGUUUCUGCUCGGUGGGCGCGGUGGAGGCGCUGUUUAGUUCGGUCACGGACUUUUGCAGCACGACGCAGAAGGACAAGUUUGUGUGUGCGUUUGCGCGGACGGUGUACUCAGACGCGAUCAUGUUUGGGAUUAUCAAUCCGAAGCGGGUGCUGGGAGAUGUGUAUCCCGCGCUGAAGAACGCGUUCUGGAUCGGGGCGGUGGUCGCGGUGCCGUUUGGAUUGUUGAGGUUGAAGUACAAGAAUCGGUGGAAGUGGUUUGAUUUGCCGCUGAUUGGAUACGGCACGAUCUUCUGGGGUUCGACGUACAAUCUGGUGUACUACAUCCCGGGGUUGUACUUCUCGUGGUUCUUCAUGUACUACGUGCGCCGACGGUACGUGGCGUGGUGGACAAAGUACAACUACAUUCUGACGUCGGGGCUGUCGGCGGGGAUUGCGUUUGGCGGGGUGAUUAUCUUUGCGGCGCUGCAGUAUCCGCAGGUGAAGCUGCCGUGGUGGGGGAAUACUGUGUAUGCGGCGGGCGUGGAUUAUGCGCGGACGUCGGCGCUGAAGGAGAUUCCGCCGGAGGGGUUUGGAUUGGCUGUAGGGGAGUUCAGUUAGAGUUGCUGUGGUGGUGGUGGUGGUAGUGUAGUGAUGGAUAGUUGAUAUAGUAAUAUUACUGUAGACGGCAGUCGUGACAUAAUGAAGUUGUAUGGAUUACUAGAUGUUCAAGCCUAUAAUUACAAUGGAUCCAAGCAAUAGACUGAAUACACCGUACUCAAAAGGCUAGAUGCAGAGCAUGGGUAUUGCCUCGUGAUCGCUGCAGCAGU